CUUCUAUGACAAACAGAAAACUCCGUCAGAAAUGGCUGCUGCCGCCGCCGCUCUCAUCGAGCCUUCUUCGGGAUUUUGCUUUGAAAAUUGUCGCAGGAAUGCCUUCCUGCAAUCGCAAGGGAUACCGAUGCCCAAGGCAACAAAGACCGGCACAACUAUUGCUGGUAUAGUGUUCAAGGACGGGGUAAUCCUCGGAGCCGACACUCGGGCCACGGCUGGAGGGUUUGUGGCGGACAAGAACUGCGACAAGAUCCACUACCUUGCCCCCAAUAUCUAUUGCUGUGGUGCUGGUACUGCUGCCGACACAGAAAAGACAACAAGAAUGAUAUCAUCGCAGCUAGAGCUUCAUCGCUUGGCAACCGGACGUGUUGUGCCUGUUUGCACAGCAAACCGCAUGUUGAAGCAGAUGCUCUUUAGAUACCAGGGCCACAUAAGUGCUGCACUGGUGCUCGGGGGAGUGGAUAUAACUGGUGGUGUCCUCUGCAGUAUUCACCCACACGGUUCUACAGAUAGGCUUCCUUAUGUGACCAUGGGUUCAGGAUCUUUGGCUGCAAUGGCCGUCUUUGAGCGUGACUGGAAACCUGACAUGGCACUGGAAGAUGGAAAGAAAUUGGUGAGAGAUGCUAUUGCCGCUGGUAUCUUCAACGACUUGGGAUCAGGCGGCAAUGUUGAUAUAGUUGUCAUUACUCGUGAAGGAGUAACUCGUGCACGCCCUUAUGAGGAAGCAAACAAGAAGGGUGAACGACACCUCAGCUACAAGUUCAAGAAGGGCACAUCUGCUGUCUUGUCAACCAAAGUAGUUCCCAUUGAAGUGGAAGAGACGGUUGUGAAACAACACACAGAUGCUGAAGCCAUGGAUACAGCCUGAGCUAAAUUUCAUUUCUACACAGGUUGAAUAAAA